CAACUUUCAAACCCUGCUGGGGACUUGCUGGGCAACUUUCUGCCAGUGAGCUCUUUUGCUCGCCCAGGUUUCCCUUCUUCCUCCAUCUCCCCUGCUCACAAACAGGGGCUCCUCGUCUAUUUUAACACCCCCGCGCUUCUCCAUUACUCUUACUGGAGAGAGAAAACCAUGAACACGUCACCCACAAACGCACCAUUGACAGGAGAAGAUGUGCAUUUGCUCAAAAAGGCUUUAAUUGCAAGACAACUCCGAAAAGAAAUAUCAGCGCUGCUGGAUACACCGGAAUCUAUAGGCGCUCUUGUUCCUCCUCCCUCUCCCGAAACACCUGACGCAACUUUCCCUCUCCUCUCUCCUCUCUUUUCACGCCUUCUACUCCCCUUUCCCCCUCUCCAAGCAGCAGAUAACGGACCAAAAGAGUUUUGGAGGGUUUGCGGAAGGUUUUUGGGAUUGUUCCGCGGGGUGGAUUCGGGUGGUACUGCAUCUCAUAUAGCAAAGAGGGAUUUGCUGGCGAACAAGGCUGUGGAUGCUAUCGCUGCAAUGCUGGGCAAAUCUGUUAGGACAACAACAGAAGAAUAUGAGCUUAAAGAAGGGACAAGAGUGGGUAAUGGAGUGCAAGUCCCGGAGCAAAAGCAGUUUGUUUUUCAAGAAGUGGAGAUUGUCGAGACAAAAGUGACUGUCAAGAAAGGUUUAUGGCGGUCCUCAGAGACUGUGGAGUAUACAGUGCGAUCUAUCAUGAACGGUCGGACGGCGAUCGCGCGUCGAGACUAUGGUGCUUUUAAAUCGCUUCAUAAAGAGCUCAUUCGCCGGGCGAACCUCCGCAUCCCGGCCUUGCCUACAGUAUCUGGCACACCCAAAGGCACAUCCUUGAGCUACGCGAUCACGUCUCUCACCACGUAUCUCUGGAGUCUAUCAUCACAGCCGACAUCAACACUCCGCGAUUUUCUGAACCAGUCUGAGCCCAUCGUCCACUCAAAUAGCGAUGAUCAGGAAGCUUCCAAGAAGGCGGAUGAAAUCCGAAAAGCUUUAGACAUGUUCCGGGACGAGGUGUUGGAACCAGGAGGUUUGGCAAAGGUUUUUGCGGUGAUUGGUAAAGCCGAGGAGAUUUCCGAGUUGCCAGCACAUUAUAGAAUGGUUGUUGAAUGGUGGAAAAUGUGUGCCGCAGCCUCGUUCUACCGCACGUUCAUAACGCACGAUCGCGCUCCAGAACACUUGCGUCGCCUCAAAGCCUUCCAUUCCCGUGCCCCGUAUAGGAGCUGGGCAGCAUUACUAAAGAGCACCAAUCCUGUCAUGGUUGUGAAAGCAAUUGGAAAUCUCCUCCUUGCGCGACCAUUUGGAACCAAGUGCUUAUUGCAGAGCAUGAUUACAGGAAUCAUUGAUGAUGAAAUCCGAGCGACAUUGAAAGAGAUUCAAUAUGUUGAGCGUUUUACAGGUCCAGAUAUAUCCAUCAGUGCCAAGGAAGUGGUCAACCGCGCACCAUUGGGUGGUUAUGAGCUAGAUAUUUCGGCAGACCUUCCUGCACAGAUAUUGGGGUACCAACCAGAUGCGGCAAGCCCGGAGAGACAGGCUGUAGAGAGACUGUUGGGAUAUUACUGGAGGAUGAGGCGUCUACAUCAGUUUAGAAAUCUCGUCCAGGAGGACGUGGUGGUUCACCUCGCCAAAGAUAUUCUGGCAAUCAGUUAUAAGCCACUCACUGAAGCGUACAAGGCGGCUGAUCCGGGGAGCUGCAUACGAGACGGGGCAAAGUUCAUUGAAGAUUUGUUGCGGAUUGCUGAGAUUGAGCAGGCGAAAGGGCCGACUGCACCACGCAAUGCAAAUGCGCCACCCCUUCGCCCGUUCAUCACCCUUCUCUCACGCCAUGAGCAUCGAAUUUUUAAGCAUGUCCGUUCAACACUCUCUGCGCAGCCUGGCCGUAUCCAUUCAUUAGCAGAGAUCGCAUCCUGGGCCGAUGACGUUGCCAAAUUUUUCCGUGGAUAUGGCCCAGUGGUGGACUUGGCAUCCGUCGUCCAAAACCCGUCGAUUGAUCGAGAGGCUUUAAUGAGGGACUUGGAAAAGCUGCGGGCAAGGAAGAAGGAACGAAAUGAAAAGGUCCGCCAAAGGGUUCUGUCUAGAGUCUUGGGUGUGGCCAAGGGAGAUGUUUUGGACGAGGAAUUACAGGUGUCUGAUGUUGGGUUGGCGUUGCAGGAUAUUUGGGCCGAAGAGCAUGGGCCAGUUUGGGUGGAUGGUCUCACUGGUGUUGCAGACGGUGUUGCAGACAGUGUUGCAGACGAUCGGAAUACACUCCAAGUACCCAAACCCCUCCACAAGGCACGCAGCAUCACCAGCUUUGAAUCUCUCGUUGAUCCUUCCGACGCACCAUCCGAGACUCCCACACCGCCCACAACCGAAGAGGAUGUGGAAAGCCAACUCCGAGCCCUCAUGGUCGAUGAUGAAUCUGGCGAUUCCUCUGACGGGACCUUUAUGAUGGAGCCUCCCACUGUGGAGCCGGGCAUUGUAGCUGCCGCCUCGGGCUUUGGCGUCGUGUAUAGGCAAAAGACAGAGUGGAAGGAUCCAUUGGGGUUGGAGGUUGUCCCAGAACUGAUGGGACCCUGGUUGAAGGCUCUGGGGCCGUGGUUGGAGGUAGUUGCUGGGGGAGCAGUGUAAGUUGUGGAGCUCUGUGUGGUCAUUUGUAUAUAUGCUCUUUUUUGGUUGUGGCAAUGGGCUACAUAGUCUCUGCGAUCAUUUUUUUUUUUCGUCAGUACUUGUAAAUAAUAUAUCAAACAGGUCUAUGUACAAACGCUAGUCAAACAUCC